AUGAAUUUAAUUACACUUUUAUUACAUGUUAUAGCCUUAACCUUCAUGUUUUGGCAAUCUGACUCUUUGUGGGGUAUGAGAGGUCCCAUUAAACGUUCGGCUAAUAGACAACAUAUAAGUGGAGGUGAAUUAGGUUCGAGCUUUGGAAGAAUUUUACAUGAAGCAGAUGAAGUUUCAACUGAGAUCCCUAUGAAUUACACCAUAGUAUAUGUGAGAAUCAUUGGUUAUUCGAAUCCAAAUGUAUAUUAUAACGAUGAGUUUGACGAAGCGGAAGCAGAAGAGAUACAACAAUUUGAAUUUACUAAUAAAUUAAAUAGAAGGCUGAAUAAAGCUAUCAGAGAAAUGGCAUCUGAAUAUGCCGAUUUUACACAAUUCAUGGAUGUCCAGUGGAGAGAUAAAAUGUGGUCAGACGUAUGGUUUAAAUAUCUAACCAGCAUAAUUCAGGAUUUGCAAAAAUACCUUUCGUGCACUUACCUACCUAUAAGUUGUGUAGAUCAAAUUUCUAAUAAUUUAAUAUAUUUAACUAAAAAAGAUUUUAAAGCAUUUUUGGAGAUAGUUGAUGAUAAAUGGAACGAAAAAUUAAAUAACAAUGAUGUGCGAGGAAGGUGA